CACGUGUUGUAUCUCUACAUCCGCAUCACCAUGUGUGUGUCGCCCCGCUACGACACAAGUCGCCGCGCAGAUGGCUGCAGAUCUUGCAACUCUCGGAUCAGCCAGACACAGCACACCAGCAGCCUCCUUACUGACAUUCUCGGUUGGGCGCGUGUGUUUCGACAUGCGAUAGAUACGAAAUGCCAGACGCAGUCGAUGAUGUGUUUACCAUCAAGCCAUCAGUCGCCAAGUGAAGCACAACGCACACACCAGUGGCCUCUCUAGCAGCUGAUGGGUCUGAUACGUGUCUGAUGCUCCAGCGGCUGCCGAAAGCGACCCUCUCAUGCAGCCAAAGACGCGCUAAACCAGCGACAUCACUCACGCUAUCAGCCGCCGUGCCGCAGCUUCGGUGGGAUCACACGACUAGCACUCGAAAAGUUUAACUGUAGCUUCACUUCCUACAUACAGACAAGACACAGCACAACACAACACUCAGAAAGCGUCGCGAUUCGGUGUGGUGUGGGCGCACAAGUCUACUGUGUGCGCACCUCGGGAAAGGGUUUCUUUCUCAGCUCCUUCAAGAGGUUCAUGUAGAGCUGCAUGAUAGUCAUCGAGUCGAUCUCCGCCCUGGUGAUGUUGAAGUGCUGCAUGAGGUGCUCUCGCAGGCUCUUGAAGCUCGCUUCUGUGGCCAUCUCGCCCUUCUCAUACCCUCUCAUGCUGUUGAUCUGCUCGCUCACGCGGCUGAUCUGCUUGCUGAGUCGAUUGAGAGCCUUCAUCACAGCGCCAUCGGCCCCAUCACCCCCCUCGCUCAGUAGGGACGAGGGCUCCGCUGUCGAGAAAUAGGCUUCCCUGUACUCGGCAAUGGUCAUCGUCGGAUUCUUCUUGAUGGAGAAGGUGUGCGGCAUCAGCUCAAGCAGCUCGAGGGCCUUGUAGAGAUGUGUCGUGUCCCCCUCAGGCAGAGGGACUGCGACGAAGCUCUCGCUGGGCGAACGGAGAGAAUCGAGGGGAGCGAUGUAGAGGAGGGGGUGGAGAGCUCGGCGGGUGAGGGAGUUGGUGGUGCUGCUCAUGUGCCGUUUGCUCUUGGAUGUGUGUGGGGACACGCCGUGGAGGACACCACCGAGAUGUCCCUCGGCAGUCACCAUAGGGGUUCCCGAGUCGCCCGGCAUUGAAGUGACGCCCGAGAGCUGCAGCCACAUGCGUGGCUGCGACCCGGCGGUCGAUGUCCCAGCCGCAGGGCCCAUAACGCCAGCCGCUGGCGCCGCCGCGGGAGCCACACACGAUGGCACCUCUGAAUGGAUCUCCGUGACCUCGCCCUUGAAGAAUCGCUGUUUGUCGACAGAAAACAGCUCGUGCCGGAGGCUGACAUUGUCGGCUGCAAUGAGCGGCUUGGCGCGGAGUGCGGCGCGGACGAUGUCGUUGUGCUCAAUCCUUAGUAGGGCGAGAUCUGGGUGUCCAUCAGCGAGGUAGCCCUCGUGCAUCCACGCCAUCUCGACGGCCAUCUCCUGCUCUUUGUUGCCGAUGUCGGUCAUUACCUUCGUCGCGCCAAUGGCGACGUGUGCGGCGGUGAUCACAUAGAGCUCGUCAGUGUUGGUCUUCAGCAUCAGCCCCUUGCCGUAAUGGUCCUCGUCAGGCUGGAAGACGUCACACAGAUUCAUCAACUCACUCCGCUGAUCCCCCCUACCAUUCCUCGAGAGGCAAGACGUCGUCCACGCCUUAAUAAUCCACGCCUUAAUCAUCUCAGAUACGCCGCACUUUCGCC